GUUUUCUUCAGUGCGCAUCUUUAAAGAUGAGUUUUGUUUUGUUUUGUUUUUUUUUCCACCGAUAACGAGUUGUGCCAGUUGGAUUAAAUUGAAAGACUGAGCUUUUUUUCAAGCGACGCCAUUUCAAGUGUCUGUGGAAUACGCUGCUGCUUUUGACCAGACUUCGAUCCCAGAGGCAGCAUGGCAUCCUGGCAGAGCUACGUGUUUCUAUUCGCAUUCGUGUGUAUGAUCGAUUUCACAAACGGUGACUGCACCGACACAUUAGGAAAAAUUUUUACCACCGCCCCAUUGAGCCCCAAUCUUAAAGAAAGAAUUCCCAUCAUAGGCACUGAGAACACCAAGAACAUGCUGGCAUGUUCUUUACAUCUGUCCUGUGAGGAUAAACAUAACACAUGUUGCCAACUUCUGCAUUACUGCCUAAAGGUUCCAGAUGAUGUUUCAGAAAUGUGUAAGGAAACACAAGAAACUCGUAAAGAAGUCUCCUUGCUCUACAUUGCGUGUGUGAUCAACGAAAUUGUCAACGAAACAACAAAUGUUUCAGUCUGCGACAACUACGAUGCCAUUAGAGAGAUCCACUUGAAAUUGCUCGAAUCACCGAGUUUCUAUGAUACAACAACACCAUCAACAACGACACUAGCAGCAACGGCAACAGCAACAAAUACUUCAUCAUCAGCAACAACACACGUAACGACAGCAACAAAUACUUCACCAUCAACACACGCAGCAAAAGCAACAAAUAUUUUACUAUCAACACACGCAGCGACAGCAACAGCAACAAAUACUUCACCAUCAACACACACAGCGACAGCAACAAAUACUUCACCAUCAACACACGCAGCAACAGCAACAAAUACUUCACCAUCAACACACGCAGCAACAGCAACAAAUAUUUCACCAUCAACACACACAGCGACAGCAACAAAUACUUCACCAUCAACACACACAGCGACAGCAACAAAUACUUCACCAUCAAUAACGACACACACAGCGACAACAAAAACUCCACCACCAACACCGACACACGCAGAUACACCAAGAUCAACUGCGACACUCACAGAUACAACAACUGAAAUGCCAAGGUCAACAACGACAACAAAAGUGCAAAGAACUACAACAGCUCAUGAAACCCAGGACUCUGUAAAUGGACAGAGCUCUCCAGAAAUCUCCAGAUUCAGCGACCCCAACACCAAAUACAAUAUUUUGACGACUGCUCUAAUAACUUCCUUGUUUUCGAAUGCUGUCAUGCUGCUGGCUCUUUUCUGGUGCAGGAAAAAACACAGCAUAUUGCAAGCAACACAGGCGGAUCGCUUCAGCCAGGAGAAUGAACACGCAUUGGAAUAUGUGUCGACCGCAGAUUGCCCCAUCGUCCAAAAUUCGGCUACGAGGGAAUGUCCUCCAACAAACAUCAUCCACAAUCAAGUCUACUAACAAGCCUACAUAUAUAUAUGUAUAAAUAUAUAUAACCUGAACACAUCACAUCCGUGGGAUGGACAUUAGAACUGAGAUGGCUUGUUGAUGCCUCGGGCCCCUGAUUCGCUUCUGGUGCGAAGUGAAGUGAGAUUGAACGAGCCUCGGCAUGACAACUCAACGCCACCUCUGAUCGAGGCAGUGUAGGUUAUUACUCCAGUACAAAGGAAAUGAAGUGCAACGAGAACCACAUCAGUCAAGUCAACUGAGUUCCUCGUUUAGACCAAAUUUUGAGUAUUUUAAACAGCCUGAAGUUUUUCAAAAGCAUUUUUAAAUUAGCUGAGCCCGUUCCAAUAUGGUUGUUAUAAGAACAGAAAAAGUUGGCAGACCUCUCACCGGUGUGGUUACUGCACUUUGUUUGCGCCAGCCUUGGCAUCACUUAGUCUGGUCUAAUACUACUGGAGUAACUGAAUGUGUUUUGUUGGCAACACUGGCAUGUGAGAUUAUGGACAAAGAAAAAAGGAAAGUCCUCCGUUUUCAUUAACCAUGAAAGUAUACAUUUGUAUAUUAGUAGCUCAGGUUUUGAUUUAUUUGUGUUGCCUGUGUUGAGUUUUCUGUGAUGUAGGUGUAGUUGAGAAGCCAGUAGCGCAAAGAUGUUUUAGUGACUGUGUGUUUAAAUGUAUCUUUAUAAUGCCAACCAGAACACCAUACUUUUUACUGAAUUAGACUUGGGGGUCAGCUAGCUAGCUUCCCUGUUUUUUCCAGGACCUAAAUGUGACAUCUGUGAAUUGUUGGUCUAAGAAGCACCGUGAAAAGAGUUCCCUCAGUGUUUAAUUAUUGCAAAGAAAAAGAUCUGCUAAGAACAUUAACAGUAUGUUACAAACAGCCUUCAAACAUAUAAAGCAUAACCUAAAAUAUUAAAUAAUGACUUUUUACUCUACACUUUAAGCUUAUCAGCCUGUUCUCAAGCUAGAAUGACAGUUAUCAUACAAAUAGCAUGUAUAUUACAGCGCAGCAGAUAUGUCUCAUUGGUGCGUUUUUUUUUUUUCGUUUUUUUUUUUUUUUUUUUUUUUUUUUACCGCGUUUGCAUUUUAAAGCUGUUUUUAUGUAAAACCAUGUAAUAAGUUUUGUCUUUUAUCUGUUUUAUUUAUUGUGUUUUAUAAGACUGUAUGUGUGUCUGUGUGUGUGUGUGUGUGUGUGUGUGUGUGUGCUGCUGAUCAAGUUGGCCUGGAACCCACAACUUGGUUUUAAUGCAAAUGUUACAGUUGCAUUAGGGUUACAGCUAAGGUUGGGGGAAGGGUUAGGACUGGGGUGAGGGUUAGUUUCUUAUUUGAAUAGAAAGUCCUUUCAGAGAUAGGAAUGUGAGUGGUUGGGAUAGUGUACGAGUAUGUAUGGAUUCAGACAGGUUGUUGCUAUUGAUGUAUUUGUGGCAUAGUAACACACAGACUGAGAUUCAAGCGUUUCUUAAGUGGAAAGUGUCCACUUUUGCAAACCUUUUCAGUUGCUUUCUUUCCAAAAACUUGCCAAAAACAACCAAAAACAACCAAAAAUAAGGCGAUUCAUCAAAACAUAAUGACGUCUCUUGUUGGUGUGUGAAUGCCAAAGUUUUGUUUCUGGUUUUGUGACAGGCAGUUAACCUUUUAAAAGGCUUGUUUUUCCCUCAAACCUAUCCUAAUUUAAAACUGUGCAAAGUAAUAAGCUAUGAAAAGGGUCAUGCAGCUCAGUAAUCUGUGCGGAAGUCCUGCGUUGGUCCUGGACUAAACUGCUGUGAUUAUGGAUUUCUUCUAAACGGUUUGUCACAGCAACAUAUUGUAGCUUGUUCACUGUCAACCACCUCCCCAUUAGUUGCCGUCCAAUUAAUGUUUCUCCUGCACUUUGUUGCGAUGCUUGGGAUUACAAAUCUUUUUUUUUUCCCUCCUUUUUAUUGCUUCAUGUCUUAAGAGUGAGAUUUAUGGUAGUCACCAUAUUAUUUCGAUUAAGCUGUUUACAUGGCUCAAGGAACCUCAUGCUAAUGACGGUCUCCUCGCUGUCCUUUCUCCAACUGCCAUUUGGACGAGGUCCAUGUUUUGGUCUUUGCGAAACCUCAGCUGAUAUUUAUAUUCCAUGUGCAUUCUGAGUACCAGCAGCUAGAAAAGUGCUAUAUAACUGCGUAACUGUUUACCAGAUCUCUCCAAGAAUUAAAACCAAACUAAAAACUGUGUUUGAAGUAGUAUUUAUUGUGGAGUAUUAGUGUGCAUGUAAAUGUCCUAACUGACAUAACAAAUUAAGUCUUUGAGGGACUGUCAUCUUUACGUCAACUCCAACCUCUGGCAUCAAUGACGCAUGUAAUGAAUGUUUCCCCAAUCAUCCAUAUGUGUGUAACGAGUAGUUGAACAUGUGUACCUAAUACAAUGGCCAGUGAGAGUAUUGUCACUCUAUACAAGCAUACAUUUGGAGGUGUUCUUUCUUCUAUUAUAUCUUGUCUGGUCAUUCAAAUGCUCUUUCCUAUGUCCUUUGAGUGAUAUGCUGCUUCCCCAUUGACCCCGUUGCAACAUUAAUAAAUGAUUGCCCUAUC